AUGGUUCUUAUCCAGUACAUCCUGGAAUCCAUCUCUUUGGGAGGACCCUUUGAAGAAACUGAUAAAGUGCUUCUAAAAAUAAGAGCUCAACGAGCCAACACAAUUCAGACUGAUCAGCAGUACUUGUUCGUCCACAUGGUCCUACUCAACUACUUUGUUGAAAAUCAACUGCUAGACCCCAGAUGGAAGCCAUUCCUCGACCGGUUCACGAGAGAGUACAACAAGAAUGUCUUCUGA